UGAGGGUUAAUUCAGUGAAGAUUUCCUCACAGUCUCUGGCCACACAGACACACACACACUGAGUCACUGUGUUCGCUCUCCCGCUUUCGGUCCCGCUAUCUUUCAGCUUCCCCUCCCCCACUCUUGCUCUCUCAGUGACACAGAAAAACUAACACCACCCCCUCCCUCUCCCUCUGCCUCUCUCUCUCCCUCUCUAGUGCUCGCCUCUCCAUCCUCCAAUCACACACAAACACCCCUCUCUCUCGCUGUCUCCCUCCACUGUUUGUGUUUAUUGUUUUUUUUUUAAUCCCCCUUUUUUUCGGUCAGACCAUCCAGACGUAGAGGAGAGAGCAACUCUCCAUUUCUCUCUCGCUGUCUCUCUCUCCCAUUCCAUCUGCUUCCAUCUCAGGAUUUGUAUUAUUCGUUCUAAAACCAUAGUUGUUGAUAUUGCUUUCCAGGUCCCGUCAGAAAUUUGUUUUGUCUACAACCCCAUGCAUGCUCAUUUCCCCCUUUCUCUGUCAGUCCGUGUGAAAAACCCAUCUUUUUCUCCCAACAAUAUCUAUUUUGCUCUCUCCCUCCCCCUCCACCCUUUCAGUAUUCAUCCAAGUGUACUUAUUCUGCUCUCUGAGUGUGUCUAAAUAUAUAUAUGUGCAUCGCCUUCUCUCGCCAUCCUUGCUGAAACAGUGACAACAGCAAUACAUUCCUUCUGACAAGUUACUCAGGAAUUUGACGAACUGGAUUUUUUCCCCCUCAGUGCUAAAAAAACAAAAAACAUUUUUGACCUGAAGGAUUUUGAAAUUGCUGAUUGAUUUUGAUGUUUUUCAUGUAGUUUGAUUGAUUUUUUAAAUUUUGCCAAUAGUCCUGAAUGGAAUUUUAAUUCACUUUGGAUGUUUAAUUGUUUUUCCUCAUUUGGCUUUCAUUGUUCAUUAUUUUAUUUGUGUGUAUCCUUUUUGGGGGAUUUAAAAACAAAAUUGGGUAUAAAGCUGGAAUUGCCCCAAUACGUCCAAUUUUUCCGAGCUUUUUUGUGGAGUAACCGAACAUGGGAAGCGCAUUAAGUCAUGUUUACCUCGGCUGGUGUGGAAGGAUGGGUGGUAAUUAACUUCAGUAGUGUAUUAAUUAUUCCAGUGCUCAAUCGCAUUAAGAAGCUGACUGACUGCUGGGACACUGGUCCCUUGGGUCUCCACACUUAAUAUUAAGCAAUAUUAGCACGACUAAGAAUACAAUUAUAUUAAUCUCAGGUUUAAUUUUUAUUCAGACGAUGGAAACUCUUAAGAAGCAAUAUGCACUGAUACUUAAAUUACAGUGACAGGCAGAUACUUCAUCCAAGCCAAACGGGAUCAGGAACUCCAGUACCUCCUAAAACUACAGUUAAAGCAGUGGGGCGUUGUUAGAGUGGUUACCAUGGCGACGGUUCCUGGUUAUUCCCCAUCACUGUGGGUAAGGGUGUGCCACGCCCUCCCUCGAUUAGACCUCACCCUGCAGACCAGAGACAAUGUCUUCACUCCGGACAGCUGGGAGUAUCAGCAGACCCUGCUGGUUCUCUCAAGCCUCUCGGCCAUUGCUCUUGUUCUCUCCCUCCUUGUCGUCCUCUCUUUCCUCAUACACUACUGCUGCUGUCACCGCGGUGACGGAGGCUCGGGGUCGGAGGAAGAGGAGGAGGAUGACGACGCCAGCGGGGGGCAUGGAUAUGGCGCUCGAAAGGGGCGGGGCAUCUGCUGUGUCACCUGGGUCUCUGUGGCCGCUGUCACGCUCUGCUGUGUUGCCAUUGGCAUUGGUUUCUAUGGCAACAGCGAGGCCAAUGAUGGGAUGUAUCAGCUGACCUCUUCGCUUCUCACAGCCAAUUACACGCUGACUUCAAUUGAUUUGCUGGUGUCAGACACCCUCGCUGGGCUCCAGCUCUCUGUGUCCGGGCCGCUGACCUCCCUGGAGGAGCUUUUCGGGAGCAACAUGCCCUAUGUGGUGUCCGCCCGCACCUGCAGACGGCUCUCGGAGACGGUGGUGGGCCUGCUGUCCUCCCUGACAGUGGGGCGGGCGACCCAGGCCCUGCCCAGCAGCAGUGCAGGGAGUAACAGCAGCAGCAGCUCCUCUGUCUUCACUGCUGCGCCCCCCUCCAUCGCUCCCUCACUCCUUCCCCCCUCCUCUCCCCUGCCCGGCCCCUUCUCUCCUGGCUGGGCGGCCAACACACUGAUGGUCAACGAGGACUACAGGUGGCUGUCAUAUGUGCUCCUGUUGCUAUUGGACCUUGUUGUGUGCCUGUUUAUUCUGCUGGGCCUGGCCAAGCAGGCACGGUGGCUCCUCAUUCUGAUGACAGUGCUGGCCUGGCUUGCUCUGUUCCUGAGCUGGGGCUCCUUGGGUUUGGAAACAGCCACUGUGGUGGCCCUCAGUGAUUUCUGUUCCGAUCCCAGCACAUUUAUUCUGAACUCUACUCAUUUUAACACUGGGACAAGCACAGAAAUACUGGACUAUUACCUGACCUGCAGCCGGCGGAAGACCAGCCCUUUCCAGCAGCUGUUGACCCAGUCGCAGAGGGCUCUGUCCAGUGUUCACACACAUCUCUCCAGCCUUGACAGAGAGGCACUCCCACAGUACCCUAAGGCAGAGAAGUCACUCAGGGAGGUUCAGCAGAUCCUUAACACAACAGAGGGGAACUUCCACCAGCUGGUGGCAUUACUUAACUGCAGAGGGCUCAAUAAGGACUAUAUAGACUCUCUGAAAGGCUUGUGCUAUGAUGGGAUGGAGGGAUUGCUCUAUCUCUCCCUCUACUCUUUCCUCUCUGCCCUGGCAUUCACAGCCAUCCUCUGUUCAUUGCCUGGGGCAUGGAGAAGUUUCCCCAGGGACUCUGAAGAAUAUGAAGACUCAGACAGCGAGAGCGAGGACCCCUUCACUUCUCAUCAGGCACGUAGACAGACGGCCAUGGGCUCGCAGCGCGGGGCUCUCCCCGCCUUCUAUAGUUACCAGGGGGCCAGCUGGAAUCCCCCCUUUUCUAGCGCACCGCCCCUCCCGACUCCAAACGCUUCCUCCAAUGGCAACCCUGGCUAUGAGAGCCUGCCCUUGAUUGACAGGCAGUCCCCACCCCCCUCUUAUUCUCCCAGCAUGCUGACUGGCUACGGGGUCAGUCAAUCAAACCAAAACCCAGGCCACCCCAGGAACCUGUAUCCGCACUAAUUAUUUUUUAUGUAUAGAAAAUAAGUAUAGCAGAUGUUUAGUUUUCAUAGAAAUGGACACUUUACUGAGAUGGAGAACUAAUUUAAAGAGAUGGAUUACUAAAGAUUAAAGAAAGUGAGUAAUGUCAUUACCAUCGGUCACUCAAGAGCAUGGACAGGGCGGACUGAAUGAAACAGGCUACUUGAUUAAUUGAAGGCCAGUCGUAUUAUUAUCAGACAGCCCGUGUGGCAGAUAGUUAUGGGCCAAUUCCCCCGCCACCCUACUCAAGUGUUCCCCUGUCCUGUCACUGUGAGCAUUGUGCGGUGGAAUGGUCCUGGCAUUACGGUAGUUCUAUAUUUGUUAAUGUAUCACAAGAUUAUUUUCAUGUUUUUAUAUGUAGUGGAUGGACACAGACACAUAGCAGCAAUGACACAUUUUAAGUGUUAUGAAUAUGCAAUCUCCUCACUUGAUAAUCUGCAUUUUAAUCUUUUGUAGAUGGCAAUACAGAAUUAAUGUACAACUUCCGAUACCUGGGCAUUUCACUGUUUGUAAUACCAAUGGUGAUGUUAAAGACUGCUUCUCCCGCUAAUAGCAUUCAAGUGCAGUCUACCCUCUCACUCAGCAGGCAAAACAGGGGAAGUACAACUCCGUGCAAUAACAAACUUAUUACUGCGUAUCGAGAUAGCCACAAUGUUAGCAGUUACAACAGAAAACAGAGCUGUGUAGUGUGUCUGUGUUUGUGAGAUGUCUCUACAGGAUGUUCUGUAUAUAUUGUAUGUUGGAGGAUGUAUUGACCCCCUUUGCCUUGUUAAUCCUGGAACUGAGUUUAUAUGGUAUUAAUGCUCCUUUUGACUGGCAUCCUUUUUCACUCCAAAGUCUAAUACAAAUAAAGACUACUAAAGCUCA